AUGGUCCUGCUGCGUAGUUCGACGAUAGAAGCAGUCGCUAGCCUGUCGACCGCACGACCUCGGCUGCCCAAGAGAGCUUCUAGCCAAGAUGGAGCGGCCAGCAAGAGGGCAGCCAAGAAAGCGUCUACAUCCACCGAGAAAGCCCGUCAGACUGCACUCAACGCCGCCCUCCUCCCACUCCCUCAGGGGACGACUCACGACAGCGAUUCUGCUCAGACAAUCGCUCGAGAACCGCUCAGUUUCUCUUACUCUGCCGCUCGGGAGCACCUCAUCGCUGCAGAUCCUCGCUUUGGUCAUCUCAUGGACAGCCUGCCUUGCAAACCGUUUGAGAUGCCCGAGGAGACCGUGUCGCCCUUCAGAUCGCUCUGCUCGAGCAUCCUCGGCCAACAGAUCAGCUGGUUAGCCGCAAGAUCGAUCAAGUAUAGGUUCAUACGACUCUGGUUCCCUGACCUGCCGGAGAAGCCAGACUAUAGCAUCGUCGAGCCCUUUCCGACACCUUUCCAGGUGGCCAGCGCCAGUGUACAGCACCUGCGUUCGGCCGGUCUGUCCCAAAGGAAAGCAGAAUACAUACAAGAUCUCGCAUCAAAGUUUGUCGAGGGCUGGCUGGACGCAAAGGCGAUGCUCAAAAUGUCAGACGAAGAGGUCAUGGAGCAUCUCAUUAAGGUCAGAGGAAUCGGCCGAUGGACCGUCGAGAUGGCUCUCAUCUUUGUCUUUCUGCGUCCCGACAUCAUGCCGUCUGGCGAUUUGGGAGUACAAAAGGCUAUGCUGACUUGGUUCACCCAAGCCAACCCUCACAUCAAAGCGCGCAAGAUCGAACAGAUCAAGCCAGAAACAGUCAAAGAGGAAAUAGAGGUCCCACUCACACUUGCAACCACUCUGCUCACGCCGCCUGCCACACCCAGCACGUCAUCACAAGGCACGAUGCCAGACUUUGCAUUGCCUCGCACGCCAGACACAAAGCCUAACAUCAAAAUUGAGGAUUUCCAGCUUCAUACUCCCCUUUCGCCUGCUGUCGAGCGCAGGUACGAGCUGCCGCCCUUGCCGCCGUCAAAGACCAUUGCUUCACGCGCGGUCUUGCAAGCCCGCUUCAACAAGAAGCUCAAGGGCAACAUCUACCUCUCGCCAGAGGAGAUGGAAGAGCUCAGUCAGUCCUGGCGACCGUACCGCUCCAUCGCCGUCUGGUAUCUCUGGUCGCUAUCAGAUGGCGAGAACUCGUCCGUCUAG